AUGUGGAAAGUACUUGGGAUCCAAGCGACAGCUGACUCUACUACUUCGAAAAUUGAGCACACCAGUGAUGCAUCACGGCACCUAUAUUUUAUAUCUGACUUCCCACAUCUCAUCAAAUGCCUACGAAACUCGCUGCUGAAGUCUGGAUUCAACACCCCUGCAGGUCAUGUUGAUAUGCAACAUGUAAGGGAAGCUCACAAAAUAGACUCCUCCAACGUGACCCUUAAAGUGAUGCCGGGCAUAACAUGGUGUCACCUGGAUCCUAAUGGAUUUGAGAAGAUGAGGGUCAGCUAUGCCUUCCAGCUUUUUGGGACAAAAGUCCUCCAAGCUUUCCACCUAUACAAAGACAAGUUGGAAGCAACACUUGGAAGGAUGGAUGUAACACAAGAGUUCUUCAGCAAAAUCCACCAGCUCAUAAGAGUGAUGACAUCGCGGUUCCCUGCUGAAGCCCUCAGACCGUGUUCAUCAGGAACAGCAGUGCUGCAGGAUUUUCUGUCCUACCUCAAAGCAUGGGAGCAGCAUACGAAAGGUGGAGGGGGCUUUCUGAGCAAUACCACUGCUGCUGGCCUACGUGUGACCAUUUCGAGUACACUAGAGUUGCUUGACUAUCUCACUGAAAAUGUUGGCUUUAAAUACCUAAUGACUGCAAAAACUAGCCAGGAUCCUUUGGAAAACCUUUUCGGUAUUAUCAGGCAAUCUUCUGGCAGUAAUGAUCAUCCAACACCAACUCAGUUUUUGAUUACAGUAAACUGCAUGUCAUUCUAUGGUUUAGUUAAAGGUGUCAGUCAAAGAAACUGCAAAGAGGGCAUGCUAGGUUCCCUUCUGGAAGUUAGUAGCCCACGAGACACAUCGCAAAAUGCAGCAGGCAUGGAUUUGGCACCGAGCUCUUCUCCGAAUGCGCAGGCGUUGGUUAUACCUUCCCAGGACCACAGCCAGCAUGUUGCGAGGAGCGACUCGAGAAUUAUAUUUUACAUUGCUGGCAACGUGGCACGAAAGUGCAUUUUGAAAAGCAAUUGUAAAGAUUGUUUGAUACUACUUACCGCGCCUGCCCCAGACGAAAGCUUUCAGCUUGCAAGGUUGACACUAUUUCGUGACAACGGUGGACUCCUCUACCCAAGUGCUUGCCUAUUUCGGUUCAUAAAGAAGCUUGAAGACUUGUUCACGGGCUGCUUUUCUUGUGAACAACUCCAUGCAGACAGCAUUUUAGAUGCGCUGACCAUUGUGAAAGCAAGGCUUUGGCAAGAGGUUGGGUGCCCAAGCCAUGUCUCAAUGCUCUCUCAAAAAAUAAUACAAUUCUAUGUUGUUACACGACUUCAUUUUUACAUUAAGGGGCUAAAUACAGACAGAGCAGGCGAACGCCAGAAAGCAAAGCACUUAAAGAUAAGCCGCUGCUGUUAAAUAUUUUUUCCUUGCUUUAGAAGAUUUUUAAAAAUUUAAUAUUGUUCCUGUGUAUUUUACAAGUGUAGGUUAAACUUGAUGUAUGAAUCCUUUCUGAAUAUUCUUUUUCUGUUUCA